CGACGAGCAGUUGAAUUCUCGUGGAGUCGUCGCAGCAACGCGCGCGACGGAGAUGGCGUCGACAGCCUUGGUGAUGGAAGGAUCGAUGGACGUAGACGCUGCGGUGGAGAGUUUGCGUGCGCUGAAGUUGGGCAGCGACAUGGCCACCAGUCUUGGCCGGAGCAAAGCAGGGGGAUUUGGCGAUGGGCACGACCAUCCCGUUUGCCUACGUGAGCACUACGAAGCAAUGAUGGUCGAUCAAGCCCACCGAGCGCACCUGACGGCGCAAGAAAACACGCAACUGCGAUCGAUGCUGGCCACCAUGGAGGGUCAGAAUCAGGCGCUGCGGCACACGGUGCACGCGUUGGAAGGGUACAGAGACAAAGCCGAGGCACAGGAAGCACAGAUCGACCACUUGCAACGUGAAAUCAAGCAUCUCAAGCAAUCCAACUAUUCGUUGCAGGUGUACCUCCAGCAAAUGGAUCACGCAAGAAGCAUGAGCUGCGCGCCUCGACCUCCAGAUGUAUAUUAAGCAAGAAACCCAUGAUAUUCUCUCUA